AUGGCGUCUCUGGGUCCCUCCAGAAAGCCUCUAUCGCAAACGCAAGUGACCUCGUCUCAGCCAAAGCGAGCAACCUGCAACUUAUGCCGUGAGCGCAAGGUGCGCUGCGACCGGGAAAAGCCGCAAUGCCAUCGCUGUCGCAAAUCGGGCCAGACGUGCGUCUAUCCCUCAGACAAGAUCGACGACGACGAGAUCAAGUCGGCGUUGAAUCUGCUUCACUCCCGUCUGUUACAAACGGAAACGACGCUCCAGGAACAGGGCCUACAAUUCACGACUGAGUCUAUGAAGCCGAAUUCCGCCUUACCCCCAAACCAUAUGUCGCAGAAUUCACAGUUUGUGUAUGACCUACUGUCACAAGGCGAUAAUAUGGACUACUCAGAUAUGGUAUUCCCAGAGUUUGACCUCAGGUACGAUCAGCCACUCGAUAUGAUCGAUAUCAUAAACAGCUCUGGUACAGAUGGGACUCCUUCAGAUUUAGAUUUGAAUAUAACCAGCCUGAAAGACAAUCCCCCAGGCCCCGCAUUCAACCCUCUGUUCGAGCAACCUACGCGCUUUAGUGGACUGGAGCAGCAGUACAUACCCCACUAUACCAAAAACAUGAAUAUCCUGUCUGAUUAUUCGGCAUGCAGAUACCAGCCGUACUUCGAUAUUGUGCAGAAACACAUGAUGUUAAUAGACCAACAGGAGUUUCUGCAAUCCGUCCUCCCAAUGGAGACGCACCAAUGCAUGGCCCUAAAAUAUACCACAGCUCUAUCUAGCUCCAUUGCCUGUGGAGAAUCAGCCCUAGCCAUGGAGUCGUACACAGCAGCCCGGUUCCAUCUGGAACGAGCCGAAAGUCUAGCCGAUAACUCUUCUUUCUUAAACCUUGAGACUAUUCAAGCUUUGCUUCUUAUUGCGAGGUUUGAAUUUACCCAUAUCAGCGGGCCAAAAGGGCUUCUAACCAUAGCGCGUGCUAUGCAGUUGCUAAGCUUGCUGGGAUAUGACGUGCUCGAUCGGAUCUCAGCAGGAGACGAACGAGAUAGCUCUCAGAUGCUGCUGGCAAAAACACAUACCCCGGGAUAUAUUCAGAUGCUACGGCGGACGUUCUGGAUUGCAUUUGCGAUGCAUUGCAAUGCGGCUGCAAGUUUUUCAUGCUGUAUACCAGUCAAAGACAGUGGGAUCGGCACCGCAAUGCCAGUUCUCAAUCCAUCAAUAGACUCCGAUCCAAGCCAGCACAUCUAUCUCUGUGAAGAAAUUACGGGCACUAUAGCGAAGGAACUUUCCGCCUUUUCCCUUUUUAUCUUCACCAUGAAACUUGUCGUUGAGGGAGACCGCCACCGCCAAUCGACCAAGAAAUACGUACUGGACAACGGAUCUGACUAUAAUUUUUGCCUUAUCCACGAGAAGAUCGGGAGGGAGAUUACGAUCAUGUUAAAGUCCUCCUCAAAACAGGAGUAUCUCGACGGGCCAGAUAAUGAACUUCGCGUGCUCACUUGUAUCAUCAUCAUAGGCGCUCGAAUAGACUGGCUCAAGACGGCUAUUAUUGGAUCUCAGAAGGCUGAGUUUCUAGGUCCUAUCGCUAAAGAAUAUCGCACUUCGUGUGUCGCUGUCACGAAUGCUAUGUGCGACUUGCUUCUUCAGGCUGAUGUUACUGAUGCAAAACAAAUUCCCACCUACAAAGAAAUGUCGCUCUUCAUGAUGCGGCCGCUAGCCUUAGCCGCAGAAAUCCAGCUCGAUGUCCUGCAAAAUCCACAAGACAUGAGUUAUAAAGCAUUCUCAUCGACGCGCGAAAUACGACAGAACCUCGAACUGCUGUGCAACGUCAUGGUGAUGUGUAAGCCUACGACUGGGGAGUAUGACUCCAAAAUUCAGGCAUGCGCAGCUUUUGUGGAGAAGACAAAGUUUGAGAGGGGUUUUGAUUUGGGGCUGCUAGGGAAUUGA